AUGUCUAGUAUAUCUAAAAGAAGAAAAGAAGGGUCAAGAGGCAAUAUAAAGAGCAUGGGAGACCACCAGGAAUUUUUGAAAAGGAUAUCUAAGACCUUAUACUAUGGGCAGUUACCCACUCUAUCCAGCUUGAGCCUUCCAGUCACAGAAAUAUCAUGUGAGGUGUGGUCAAUGGCACAAAGAGGACACUCUGUUCGGCGGCUGCACGCAGACCAGGCAGCAAGCAUUGCUCGUUCUGCCUGUGUUUCACCGUGUGCACUUGUUCUUGCAAUCCUGUAUUUAGAGCGACUUAAACUUUGUAAUCCUGACUACUUAACUGCAACUUCUCCAGCUGAUCUCUUUCUAGUCUCUUUGAUGGUUAGUAACAAGUUUCUCCAAGACGAUGGUGAAGAUGAUGAAGUGAUAUGUUCAGAAUGGGCUGCCUCAGGAGGGCUUGACCUUCAUCAACUGAACAAACUUGAGGCAGACUUUCUGAAUGCUAUUGAAUGGAAUUUAUACAUUAAUGAAAAAACAUUUGAAAGUGGACUUUUAUGGCUCGAGAGACAAGUGGCAAUGAAGCAGGCUUUGAUGAGAGGGUUUUUUACAUAUACUGAUCUUGCAGUUACAUGCAACAAAACUUUGAUGAGUGAGCUGAUGAACAAACUUAAUAUUUUCACAACAUCCAUGUCCGACCGAUAA